AUGGAGAUGUAUCAGAUUACUUUCGCUAUGAUGGACUUUGAAAAUAUGGACGUAGCCACGAUGUUUUCGGCUUUCAUUGGGAUUUUGGUGAUUAUGGUCUCAUCAAUAUACUACUUUACCAAAAAACAAAGGGAGGAAAGCAUUCGAGAGCGUGAGGAAGAGGACAUUGCUCAGGAGGUAGAGGAAGUGGAUGAGGAUGCAAAAUUAGAUGCAACUAGAAAAGCCAACAAGCACCGAAAAAACGACCACUGGAAGCCGAAGGCCAAGGAGGCUUCGUAUGACCAUCUAUGGUCAGUGACGACUUUGAAGGGUCAUACAGCUGAUGUUACCGGCGUGGACUUCGCUCAAGAUGGAAAAAAAUUCGUCACUGUAUCUUCAGAUAGAACUGUAUUUUUAUGGGAUGUGAGGGAUUUUGAAGAAAGAGAACACAGAAGUGUGCGGCAGGUUUUGGAUUUCGAUACCGCUACUCAAGUGUCAUUCUCCCCAGAUUGUAAAAGUGUGGUGUUUGCCAUGAAGCGGUCGAAUAGACUAGCAGUAUUCAAGUUGGUGAAAAAGGAACCUGGAGCGUCGUACAAAUUUGUUCACGUUGAGAACUUAUCUUUCCCAUCAGUGCACACACUUGACAUUUCUCGCUCUGGUAUUUCAUCGAAUGGGAAGUUUUUGAUGUCGGCGUCACCUGACAACAAGAUUGCUUUAUACGAUAUUCAUGGCGAACUCUUAAAAACUUUGGAACCCAAGAUGAGUUCUCUGUUCGAUGUAGUAAUAUCACCUGAUGGUCGAUUUGUCGCUGCUUGUGGAUUUACAACGGAAGUUUUUGUUUAUGAGGUCAUCUUCAAUCGGGAAAAGGUGUUCCAAGAUGCCAAGAGAGUUUUCGAUCUAAAGGGUCACAAUUCUGGAGUUUUUGCGGUGGCUUUCAAUGCAAAUGCUUCACGUGCGGUUACGGUCUCGCGUGAUGGGUUUUGGAGAGUAGGAGAAUGGUCCUUGCUGAAGGGAGCUAGUGCAGACCGUGUUCGCUUAGCUAUUAGCCCUUCCGGUGAUAGUUUCGCAGUCUGUUGUGCUUCUACGUUGAAAAUAUUCAGCAGUGAGGAUGAACACAAAGACUUCCCAGAAUUGAAUGAUGUGCAUGGUGAUCAGCGGAUACUUGUCAUCAAAUAUUCACCAUGUGGGCGAUUAAUAGCUACUUGUGGAGACCGGUAUGUUCGUGUAUUUCGGAACAUACCUGAGUAUCACAGCCAGGUGAUGCGACUCACCAAGAAUCUGAAGGAUGUCACUGGUGACGCUCCGAGAAGGCGUAUGCUUGAGCAAAUCGAGGAGGCUAAACAGAUUCUGGAAAAGUAUGGUGUGUAA